UUUAUGAUAUAUAAAAAGAUGAUCUAUCUAUCUAUAUUUGCGCAAAACACUACUAACAAACAACCCCAUUUCCAACUUUCUCUUCUCUCCACUACCCCCCCUACCCACAAUGAGUUACUACAACCAACAGCAACCGCCCGUCGGCGUUCCACCCCAGCAAGGUUACCCGGCGCCGGAGACUUAUGGAAAAGAUGCUUACCCUCCACCGGGAUAUCCUCCACAAGGUUACCCUCCACAACAGGGCUAUCCACCUCAAGGCUAUCCUCCACAACAGGGUUACCCACCGCAAUAUGCUCCUCAGUACGCUCAGCCACCACCUCGUCAGCAAGGUUCAGGCGGUGCUGGUUGCAUGGAAGGCUGCUUGGCUGCUCUCUGCUGUUGCUGUCUCUUGGAUGCAUGCUUUUGAGAAGACAUUACUUUGCACAGAUUGGAUUGAUUACAUGUGUAUUUUGAAUCUGAGCACAUAAUGAUUAUUGUUCUUAUAGUUUCUUUUUCUUGUUUGUUGUUUGCUUUUAUGAAAAUGAAGUUAUGAACUAAUGCUUCCAACUUUCAUACAGCCUAAUUCACAGGAUUGGUCGGUUUAUUUUCCUUUUGUGAUAUUUGUUACCUUUAUAAGAAAUUUCAUUUGUUGCUAGCAUUUGUAUUUUGAUGGAUUUGUCUAAUGUUGCUAGCAUCUGUGUUUUGAUGAA